AUGAAGUUGACCCUUUUGCUGAUAUUCAUAUCUACGGGGGCUCUGAUUUCGGCCCACGGAGACGGACUGAACGUCGAAAAACUCUCGGGCCACGGCAAGAAGUUCUUCCUGGACGUUAGUCGGCUCAGAGAAGCACAGACGAGUCGAAGUUGUAGAUGACGAAGCAAGUGAUGGGCGUGCCGUCGCUCAAGCCGGAGAACAUCGCCGCGCAGACCUUCUUCCGUGGAUUCCUCGACAAGUACACGAAACUCGACGACAACAUCAAGCGCGACAUGAUGCAGCACGUCCCUGCCGCCACGAAACUCUUCGACAGCGCCGGUUCUUUUUUUCGUAUAUCGAAUCGCUUCGAAAAGAGCUCAAAGUUACCAAAUAAACUUUUUUGAACCAGUUUUCACAACAACGCCUGUUUUUUUAACUUAGUAACUUUUAAAACGGUUCUUGCCUUUUUGUGGAAAUCUAAAAUGCACAAUCUGAUGAUUUCAGCCAAGAAGUUCAACAUCAACCCGAUGGACGCCUUCCAAAUGCUGUCGACGUUCUUCGAAAACUUCAAGAAAGGCGCGACCGGCAAUUUGGCCCAGCAAGGCCUCAAAAUGGCCGGAAAACUCUUCAACAAAAACCAGUGA